CCUCCCACACUUCAUCUUUUUUUUUUCCUCCACAUCACUGCGGGCAACAGCAUGGCAGGUGACGACAGUGGCGGGGCUGGAGCAUCGAGGCGCAGGCGGGGCACUGCUGAUGCAGACAAGGGGAAAGGUCAGGUGCCAGAUGUUGCUGACAAGCCUUCCUCGAGCAAGACAGUGCAAUCAACUACAACGGCCGUCAACAAGGACGCAACACCGCGUACUGACCCUGCUCUCUUUCAACCCCAAGAUGCCGACGCACAUCAGAAGCUGCUGAAGAGGAGUUCAGUGUGGCAGUGGAUUGAACAGGGACAAGUGGCAUUGUCGGCAGGCCGUGGGGAGUAUUGGCUCAGGUGUCGCCUGUGCUCCACCGUCUUCAGGGGCUCAUCGUCCAAGGCGGUUCAUCAUUUCCUGAAGCCACAGAAACCGUGUCCUUUUCGGACGGGGGAGAUUGUCGAUGAGCUUGUGACCAACCAGCGUGGCAAGGUAAAGCCCAGUGACAAGAAAACUGAGUACUUGCUGAAGAAUGCUAGGGGACUAGCCAGGUGCCCAGAGGGGGGUGAGGAGCAUGUGGAGAGUGGAUCUGAUGCUGAGGAUCCCUUGUCGGAGCCGUAUGCCCCCACCUCUCCCGGGGCGGUCUGCUCCACGGCUAAUUGCACACACUCUUGCCACGGAAAGUGAGGAUGGGGAGGAGGGUGAUGAGAAGACCGGUGAAGCGCGGGGCACUGUCAAACCUGUCAUGGCGAAGCAGACCACAAUCA